AUGUUCUCGAAGACGGCCUACCCCCACUCUGUCACUGCCACCACCGUCUUCGGCCAUCAAAGAGUUGAAGGAGAAGAAAGGUUGUUAUCAGCCAUCAAAAAGUACUUGGCCGCCAACUACAAAGUCGGUUCCGCCAAGUUGACGCCCUUCAUCGUGAAGGUUUUGAAAGUCGCCAUCGCGAAUGGUACCGUCAUCCAGACCAAAGGUAACGGCGCCUCUGGACACUUCAAAUUGCCCGUUGACGAUGUCAAGCCGAAAAAGGCUAUUGUAGCCAAGAAGAAGAAAUCAAUUUACAAAAAGUUAAAGCACCUGGAACACCGAAAAGGAAGCUUGCGGCUACAAAAAAGUCACCAAGUCCGGGGAACCCGUGGCCAAGAAAGCGAAGAAGGCUGUAGUUGCGGUGACUAA